GAUCUUGUAGUCGUACAGUGCUCGUAGAAAAGAUCGUGAGAAUGUACGUGUUAUUCGCUCAAAUAAUGUAGAUUUUUCAUAGUUAAUUGACAUCGAGUUUUUUCUUGCGUUAAUCUGUAUAUUCUGUAAAGUAAAAGAGGCAUUAUUCUUUGAACAACAAGAUGAUGUCUGAUCGAAAAGCAGAAUUAGAGAGGAAGAAAGCGAAACUACAAGCUAUCAGAGAAGAAAAAGAAAGACGCAGGAGAGAAAAGGAACAGAAAGAUGUAGAGGAAGCAACUGUUCGUGCUGCUGGCACAGAUAAAGACCAGCGCAAGGAGAUAGAUGCGAUGCUAUCUUCUCUGGGUGUAGCACCAGUGUCAGAUGUUUUGUCUAGUUUGUCCAGUAUGAACUCAUUAACACCUGAACAAAGUACUAAUGCAACACCAGAUGCCAGCUUACAACCAUCUAGCAUAAAUUCUGCUCAAAGCAGUGCAGGACGAAGGAAGAAUCGGGAACUUACAAUUGUUUCUGUGGCUCACACAAAUAUUCCACCGAAAGAACCAGUCGUGUAUAGCAAGCAAACGCAAACCAUUCAAACAACGCAUACAUCUCACGACGGACUGUCCACAUCGUCCUCUGCAUACACCAUCUACUCCUCCUGUUCAACAACAACACCAACUCACUCUUGCUCCGCAGGCUACUUUGAGACUGACUGGUGGCGCCCCAGGAAAGGUGGGUCUGCACCAAACUACCUAUCUCAUGCGUUCGACUAUUACGACGAGUACAAUCUAAAUCCUGGUUUAGAAUGGGAGGACGAAUUUACAGUUUUGACAUUUGAUGAUGGCCAAGCCGAAGAUGAAGAAAAUAGCUUGCCGCACAUGGACGGUUUCCAAAGCAAGCUUCCUCCAGGAAUCCUUCCUCACGGGUUACCGCAAGUUAAAGAAGUCCAACCUGCUGUCACACAGGUAGAACAAGAGAAAGAGAAGGAAAAACCCAAGAAAGAAGUACGUGAGCUCAGCGAAGAAGAAAAACAAAUGAUCAUCCUAUCGGAGGACUUCCAACGAUUCCUUGAUCGCACCAGCAGGAUCGUGGAGAGAGCAUUGGGUGAAUCGGUCGAUAUAUACACCGAUUACACCGGUACGAUGGACGGCGAAGAUGGAAUGGACGAAAAGAGUCAUCAACGGCUCUGGUUAAAUCGCUCGUUCAUCUGCGAACGGUGGUCACGUAAUCGUUGUGUGACUUCCAUGGACUGGUCGCCGCAGUUUCCUGAGCUUUUAGCGGCCUCGUAUAACAACAACGAUGACACGCCGAACGAUCCUGAUGGGGUGUGCCUAAUCUGGAACACGAAAUUCAAGAAAACAACCCCGGAGUUUAUCUUUCACUGUCAGUCACCGGUUAUGUCCACUACGUUCGCUAGAUUCCAUCCGAAUUUGAUCCUGGGCGGCACAUACUCAGGUCAGAUCGUACUUUGGGACAACCGAGUGCAGAAGAGGACUCCCAUACAACGUACUCCCUUAUCCGCCAGCGCGCAUACCCACCCAGUGUACUGCUUGAGUGUCGUUGGCACGCAAAACGCGCACAAUCUGAUCAGUAUUUCGACUGAUGGGAAAUUAUGCUCGUGGAGCUUGGACAUGCUGUCGCAGCCGCAGGAAGCGUUGGAACUGCACACAAAACAAUCGAAAGCGAUCGCUGCUACGUGCUUGGCUUUCCCGCAUGGCGAUGUAAAUAAUUUCGUCAUGGGUAGCGAGGACGGAACUGUUUAUUCUGCUUGCCGCCAUGGUAGCCGUGCAGGAUUAACAGAAACCUAUGAAGGACAUCAGGGACCGGUCACCGGCAUCAGCGCACAUGCGGUACAAGGUGGAAUAGAUUUCUCUCACCUGUUCCUAACGUCUUCCCUCGACUGGACAAUCAAACUGUGGAGCCUGAAAGAGAACAAACCACUGUACUCUUUCGAACACAACGGCGACUACGUCUAUGACGUAGCUUGGUCGCCGACGCAUCCGGCGCUAUUCGCCGCGGUUGAUGACUCUGGUAGGUUGGAUCUGUGGAAUCUGAAUCAGGACACGGAAGUGCCUACUGCCAGCGUCGUCGUUGACGGAUGUCCGGCUUUAAAUCGAGUAUCGUGGACACCAAGCGGAUUGCACGUCACUGUGGGUGACGAUACCGGUAAAAUAUGGGUCUAUGACGUCGCCGAGCAUCUAGCUCAUCCAAGAAUCGACGAGUGGAAUAAGUUUUUGUACACGCAACAAGAUUUAAAGAACAACAAGGCAGACGAAGAACUGGAUAAACUAAACCUUAGCUCUGGACCGUCGUCAUUGACAUCUAUGACAUCUAUCUCGUCGGUUCCUCUAAGAUAAAGAUCACACUUUCGUUUAAUUAGCCCCUAAUUAUUUUUCCUUGAAAUUUACCAAAUUUACUAUACUUGCAAUUACAUAGAAUAUUAACAAAAAUUUGGUUACUGCUUGGAUGAUUAUUAUAUGUAAUAUCGAACAAUUAGUCGACAAUUGUCUUAGCCUUCUUGAUGGCUAACAGAGAAUGGCUAUAUUGAAAUGACUUUUAACGCUUUAAAGAUAAGCAUAUUAUUAAAUGUUAUAUUGGUCAUAAUUCUAUAAUAGAGAACUACAUCUUUAACUGACGCAACAAGAUAUUAAAUAAAUAUAUAAUAUU